AUGUAUUCUCUGAUAAUUCAUGGAAGAAGGUUAGUAGAGUUGCAGAAAUGUCGAAAUCUGAGAGCUUUCGUGAACCCUUUUCAAAAUGUGUUUGCUUUUUCAAAUUCCUUCUCCUCUGCUUCCGCUACGGCUUCUGCUGAAAUUAGCCUUAGAGAUGGUCGAAAAGAGAAGACUUUUACAGUCUCUUACCUCGUUGAAUCAUUGGGUUUAGCUAGAAAACUCGCAGAAUCGAUCUCAAAGAAAGUCAGCUUCGAGGAGAAAGGAAAUGCUGAUUCUGUUCUGAGUCUUCUUAGAAGCCAUGGGUUCACAGAUUCUCAGAUCUCCACCAUCAUUACGACGUAUCCAAGAUUGCUAAUAGCAGAUUCUGAGAAAUCUCUUGCUCCCAAGCUUCAGUUUUUGCAGUCAAGAGGAGCUUCAAGCUCUGAGCUCACAGAGAUUGUUUCUAAAGUUCCCAAAAUCUUGGGAAUCAAAAAGGAAAAAGCUUUAAGCAGAUACUAUGAUUACGUCAAAGAGAUUGUCAAAGCUGAUAAGAGCUCAAAGUUUGAAACUUUAUGCCAUUCUUCUUUGCCACAGGGUCGUGCACAGGAGAACAUAAUCAGAAACGUAUUGGUUUUGAGAGAGUUAGGUGUUCCUCAGAAGCUGUUACUCCCUUUGCUCAUCUCCAAGUUCCAACCUGUCUGUGGGAAAGAAAAGUUUAGAGAAUCACUCAAGAAGGUUGUUGAGUUGGGUUUUGAUCCAACCACAUUCAAGUUUGUGGAAGCUCUACAAGUUGUUUACGGAUUGAAGGAGGAAACAGUUGAAGAAAAGAUCAGUGUGUAUGAAAGUUUGGGUUUGACUGUAAGCGAUGUAUGGUCAAUGUUCAAGAAGUGGCCAAACACUUUGGCGUUCUCGGAGAAGAAGAUAACUCAAAAGUUUGAAAUUUUGAAGAAGUGUGGACUAGUCGAGGACGAGGUUCGCUCGGUGUUCAAGAGCUGGCCAAUUGUUCUGGCGCUCUCGGAGAAGAACAUAUUGAACACCAUUGAGACAUUUCUAGGUUUAGGAUUCAGCAGAGAUGAGGUUGCGAUGAUUGCCAAGAGCUUUCCUCAGUGCAUUGGAUUGUCUGCAGAGAAGAUGAAGAAGAAGGUUGAGUUUCUUGUCAAGAAGAUGGAUUGGCCGUUAAAGGCUGUGGUUACAAACCCUGCGGUGCUUGGAAACAGCAUGGAGAAGAGGAUUGUGCCAAGGUGUAACGUAAUCAAAGCUCUCUUGUCCAGAGGAUUGCUAAGUGAACUCCCUCCAAUCUCGUCUUCUGUGAUAUGUGUCGAUGAGGUUUUCUUGAAAAGGUUUGUGAGGAAGCUCGAUGACAAGGAGCUUGUGGCUGAGUUGAUAGCUAUUUUAUCUGAGAAGAAGAAGAAGAAGAAGAAGAAGAAAGAGGAAACUUCUGAGUGA